AUGAGAAAGUCCCUCUUUUACGCCCUCAACGGGGCCCUCGGGGUUGUAGCCCACGAGUCGCUUGCCCAUUUCAAGAUCGAAUCCGGCACAGAAGAGCAUCGCUCUCUUGAAGGAUGCUCCAAGGAUGGCAAGCACAAGUGGGUUCCAGACCCUGCGACAUUUGUCUUCCCUGAGAACGACUACAAGCCCGGCAACUCGUGGGAUCUCUGUGUCGGCACAUCUCAUUGCGCCCCCCACGAGGCCUUGACUCAGGUUUCCUUCGAUUUCAAGGACAACGGCAUUGUCUUCAACUUCAAGCACAUCGACCACUACAAGUACGAAGAUGUAGCCGUCUACAUCGAGCGUGGUCAGCCUCCCACAGAGGACUCUUUCAAGUACAACAAGAAGAGCGACCACUGCAAGGCCAAGAACGACUACAAGGAGGCCAAGUGCUUGGUUCCCUUCUUCUCCCUCUCGGAUGGCGGUUCUUACGGCGACCUCUGUCCCCUCGAGGAUAAUGGAGGCUGGAGACUUUACAUCAAGGUCAAGGCCACCAUUUCCCACGGGCACAAGAAGUACGAGCUCUACAGCCGCUCUCCCGAUAUCAACGAGAAGUACUUCGUUGUCAGCUACACCUGCGCUGAGUGCAAGGAGUACAAGCACAAGAAGAUCGAGUUGAUCGAGGAGAAGGAAGAAGAGGAAGCGGCCGAAGCCGAAGAAUCUGAAGAAGAAAAGAAGUAUAAGAAGAAGGAAGAGGCUGAGGCUGAGGCCGAGGAAGAGAAGAAGAAGUACAAGAAGAAGAAGGAACAAGAGGAAGCCGAGGCCGAGGCUGAGGAAGAGGAGAAGAAGAAGAAAUACAAGAAUGAGGAGGAAGAGGAAGAAGCUGCCGAAGCGGAAGAGGAAGAAGAGAAGCAUAAGGAGCACCACCAUGAGCAUUACCAUAAGCAUCACCAUAACCAUGGUCACAGCCAUGCUCAUCGUCAUGGACACAGACAUGGUCACCUCCACGGUCAUCUUCACAAGGAGUAUCAUCAUCAUGAUCACCGCCAUAAGAACCAUCAUCAUGACCCUCAUCACAAGGGCCCUCAUCAUAAGCAUCAUGCCCGUUCAUAUGAUCAUCACGAUCACCACAAGCACCACGAUCCUGGACAUUACCAUCAUGGCCACCACGAUGGUCACAAGCAUGACGAUCCCGGACAUCACCACGGUCAUCACGGCCAUCAUGACGGUCAUGAUGGUCAUGAUCACUACAAGCUCCAUCACUACUAUGAUCCCAACAGCCAUCGUGACUUCAAUGCUUUCUUGGACGAGUACUUCAAGCACUUCGGUUAUCACUACCACCACGCUGAUCCCGGUCAUCACGGUCAUCAUCACGGUCACCACGAUGGUCACCACCACCAUGAUCCCUACAAGCACCUCUAUGGCGAGCAUCACGAUGGAAAGCACCACCACAGUGAGCACCAUCACGGCAAGCAUCAUCACAAUGAGCAUCACAACCAUCAUCACGUUGAGCACCACAACCAUCAUCACGGUCAUCACGAGGGUCACAAGCACCACCACCACGGCGAGCACCAUGAUGGAUAUAACCACUACCAUGCUCGCGGUUUGCUCGAGGAAGAUGAUGAGAAGCACCAUGACCACGGACAUAAGCACCAUCACGGACAUCACCAUGGCCACAACCACAGCCACGCUCAUGACCAUGUUCACAAGCACCGCCAUAAGCACUUUGACGACCAUGUCCACUAUAAGGAGCAUCACGUUUACUACGACUACAAGGAUGAUAAGCACCAUGACGGUAACCACCAUGGUUAUGAUCACCACGACCCUCACAAGCAUCAUCAUGGCGGCCACCAUUAUGGUCAUCACCACCAUGAUCCUCAUAAGCAUCACUACAGCCAUGAGUACGAUUACGGCCACUACAAGCGAUCUGAGCACAAGGAACCCAUUACUGUCUACUACAAGGAGAAGUCCGAUCACUCUCGCACUCACAUUGAUGCUUCCAAGAAGGAAAAGGCAUCCAAGAGUGAGCUCGAGGCCGAGAAGCACAAACAGCUUUUGGAAGAGGCCAACAAGAAGGACGAGUACAAGUACAAGCACAAGGGCGAGCCUGAGCACAAGCAUCACUCCGAAGAGGAUAAGUACAAGCAUGAGAAGGAGCACGGACACAAGUACAAGUACGGGCCUAAGUACGAGCAUGAGCACGAGCAUAAGCAUGAUAAGAGGUCUGCUCCCGAGCAUGAUGGCUACAAGUCCGAAGAGGAGGUCAAGGAGGUUCUGAAGGGACACUUCCAAGAGGCUCUCAACAAGUUCUACCAUGCUUACUUCGCAAAGAAGUCGCACAAGCACUAUAAGCCUGAGAAGCAUGAGGAGAAGCACGACUCUGGCCACUACAAGCAUGAGGAGCCUGAGGAGAAGCACGACUCUGGCCACUACAAGCAUGAGGAGCCUGAAGAGAAGCACGACUCUGGCCACUACAAGCACGAGGAACCUGAAGAGAAACACCACUCUGAUCACCACGAUCAUGAGGAGCAUGAGCCUAAGGAAGAUCACAAGGAGCAUGAGCAUAAGCACGAGCCCAAGAAGUAUCAUCACGAUGAGCAUGAGGAACAUGAGGAACCUGAGGAGCAUGAGGAUGAGCCUGAGGAGCAUGAGGAUGAGCAUGAAGAGAAGCCUCACUACGACCAUCAUAAGCAUAAGGAGCAUGAGCACGAGCCCUUCACCGAGUUCGAAAAGUCCUCCCACCACUCCGCCAAGAAGGCGAGCUUGGAGAGUGAGAAGGAAAAGGCCAAGCACGAGGCUUUGGAGAAGCUUUGGGAUGCCCGCAUCACUCAUGAGCGCAAGUUCAAAGAGAAGCUUUUCUUCAUUGAAGCCGGCCACUGGCCUAAGAAGGGCGCCCACAAGCGCUCUCUUGAUUCCAACGAGGCUACUGAGGUAGAAGCCAACACUGCCAAGGUCGAGAAGUACAUUGAGAACGCCGAGGACAAGAUCUUGGAAGAAAUCGAGGAGGCCAUCCUAAUCGCUAUCAAGAAGGCUGGUGACAACCCUAGCUCUGGAACUAUCCUCAAGUACGUCAGAAAGGUUGAGGACGUCAUCAAGAGCAUCAUCGCAGAGAACGUCAAGAAGACCAUCGCCCACAUCGUCAAGAUUGAAGGUGUCGAGGAGCCUGAAGAGGAAACCAUUAUUGAGUACCUUGCUCCUGCUAUCGCCGAUAUCAUCAAGGCUGCCGACAAGAUCUUCGCCAAGACCCUCGAGGCUCUGGGCGAUGACCCUUCAGAUGAGGAGAUCGCACACGCCAUCAAGAAGGUUCUGAAGCUGCUCGAUGAGAUCAUCGACAAGGAAAUCCGCAAGGCCCUCAUUCUCAUCUUCGGAUUGGGGGAGGAGACCUCCGAGACCACCGAAUACACCAAGCAUGGUAAGCACGAUAAGCGCUCCGAUCCCUAUGACGACACCACGGUCGAGAAGGCUGUUGAGAAGACUGUUGAGAAGUGGGCCGCUAAGUACGUCGAGGCAGAUGAGAAGAAGCACAAGCCCUUCAAGCGCUCCGUGCGAUUCGCCCGACUCUACAACUGAUGCGCUCCCAAACGAGGGCAAGGCCAUCAAGGCGGAAGAUUGGAUACAGCAAUCUGAGGCCAGUGUCACUGGACACAAGGGAACCACUUGAUCUGGGUACAUAAUAAGGAUGCAGUGUUUGGUGCUGUGUCUAGUUGACAGGUUAAGGAGGGAUUAGGUACAUUGUUUAAUCGUUUAAGAUAGCCAUUCCUUUAAUAAAAGUAACCUGUC